AUGCUGAUGAGAAAAAAGUCUCUGUUCCUGAGAGGUGGGUUUUGUCUGUCAUGUUCAACUGCAUCCUGGCUCACGGCAUAUAUCAGCUAUCUCCGGGCUUUAGAACGGCGGCAAGAUGGACUUCCGUCUCCUGGAUCACUUCGGGAUGGUAUCAGAGCUCGUCCUAGACACUCUUCUGUAUCUGACUUCAGUAUCUCGGCGGGUAUUCAUCAUGAUACAUCAGUGGUGGAGGCUGAUGGAGAUCUCAUUCUCGGAACACCUGAGGAGCAGGACGAGGGCGAGGAAAGAAUUGAAUCAAGGCCCUUGUCGAACGAUGUGCUUGAACCGGCCUUUCGACAGAACCCUCUCGUUGACAAUGACUUUGUCUUUGGACAAGCCUUAGGACGAUAUUGGUACAUGGGCCCCGCAUCAUCAUGGGCAUUCUGUAGAAGAGUCCUAGCCCUUGUAGGCAAACACCUCCCGGAAGCAAACAACGAGCCUCCACCAUGGCACCUCGACGGAGUCGCGUUCCGACUACAGUGGAGACCCCUUAUGCCUGAUGAACAACCAGAUGUCUCGAAUUUGCCCCCAUCAGACUAUGCAUUCUUUCUCGUCCAGACUGCAAGAUUCUAUCUAGGCCCAUUGGCUAAUCUUAUUGAUGAGGCUGAGUUUCUCCAACACUUCAAGGAGCUAUAUCAAGAUGCUCCAGCUAAAGCAGCGUCGUGUAAACUCUGGUACGCACAGUAUCUGCUCAUGAUAGCUUUUGGAAAAGCAUUCCUAGGUGGGAAAAGUGUUGAUGGGAGGCCCCCUGGGUAUCAGUAUGCUGCAAGGGCUAUGCCUUUGAUGCCAGAGCUGGCGGGUAUCGCUCUGGAUCCAGUUCUGUCUGCUCAGGCGCUUACACUUGCGGCUUUGUAUUUUCAGUCAAUUGACAUGAGAGUAGCGGCCUAUCAGCAUAUCGGACAAGCACUCCGCAUCUGCGUACUCUCCGGCUUCCACAGACACAUGCCCGAGGAGGCCGUGGGAGCGCAACACUCCAAGAGGUGUCAUGUAAUAUUCUGGGUUGUUUACAUGCUAGAUCAGGAAUUUGCAGCUCUCAUCGGCGCAACGAGUUCCAUACGUGAUGAAGAUAUCACGAACAAACUGCCUUCGCAGGCAGAUGAAUCUUUGAGCUCACUUAGUUUGACCCUUCAUGUUCAGCUUGCUCGACUCAUAGCACGACUUCUUGGGACGGUCUACGGGGUUGGAAAAGACUAUGACGGGACUCUCUUCAGCAAUACUCAGUCUAUCCUGAGGAACCUGGCCGAGUUAAGUCGCGACCUCAACAACAUCAUCAACAACCAUUUUCGCGAUUCAAUCAGCAAAGCAUCUCGGAUUGCUACCAGGCUACUUCUGCAAUACCACCAUUGCGUUGUUCUCACAACGAGACCGCAAAUCAUGUGUGCUCUACAUAUGCAUAUCGAACAGUCAAAAACACAGAUGACACAUGGCCUAUCACUUUCACCUCCUGUCGCAUCACUCAUACAGUCGUGUGUCAGCUCGGCGCAAGCUAUCUUGAAAACCCUUCGUGCUUUGGCUGACGAGGACCUCAUCGAGGCAUUUUUACCCUUCCAAAUCGAAUACGCCUCAUCAUCUGCCUUCCUCCUCCAUCUGAUCCCCAUUAUUUGUCCAUCUCUGCUCUCAGACGACUCAUGGCGAGAUGAUGCUCGCUACGUCUUCGACACGCUUAUAGCAAAGGGUAGUCUCAUCGCCCCUCUCCGAAAGGUUGAGCUUGAGCAACUGGAACAAAAGUUGUCUGCUUUGACGCCGACAAGCAAUGUUGCUACGCCGCAGCUUCCCACCGAAACAAAUGAGGAGAUAGACGAGCAUGAAGAAACUCAAGAACAUGAAGCCGAAGAGGAGGAUAUCCAGACACAUCUGCAAGAUGAAACUGGUUGGGAUCUCUUUGCGGCCAACGCCAUGGCUGGUUUAACCCCGGGUGAGCUAUUAGAUUUGGCAGAGCAGCUGGAUGUGGACAGCUUCUUGUGCCAUCCUGAAAUGUAG